AUGGCGUCUAGACAGCAGAUGACGAACCCUCUCUUGGUUGGCACGGCCAUUCGUGCGCAGCUGAAGGACGAGAUCCCACAGGACCUUCCUCUUGAGAAGGAAUUUCGCGAAAAAACGGACUACACUAUCACCGACCACGUCGUUGAGCUCCACAAGACGCUGUGCAAGGAUCCUAGGACAUUGGAGUUGAUCAAUGGACUGGUCACCCAUCUUCAUGCGUUCUGCAGAGAAAAGCAGGUCAAUCACGACGAGUGGACCGAGGUGGUCAAGUUCCUCACCCGCGCUGGCAAAGAGAGCACGGACUUCAAGAACGAGUUUGUACUGCUUAGUGACUGCUUUGGUAUCAGCGCCCUCGUGGAUGAGUUGAAUCACCCUAAGCCUCCCGGCUGCACUGAUAGCUGUGAAGCGGGUCCUUUCUACACUGAGGAUGCUCCUGAAGUGCUGUCGGGCGUAUCCCUUGCGAAGAGCGGCACCACUGGCGAGGCUAUGUUCUUCUCGGGCUUCAUUAAGAACACGAUAGGUCAAAGAAUCAAAGGCGCGAAAGUUGAUGUCUGGCAAGCUGAUGGGGACGGUGUCUAUGACGUACAGUAUCCUAACCGUACGGAACCCAAUGACCGCGGAAAAAUCAUAGCAGAACCCGACGGUACUUUCUGCUACCGCGGAAUUUUGCCUACCGCGUAUCCGAUACCUAAUGAUGGACCUGCUGGAGAUUUCCUCCGGUUAAUGGGCCGCCAUCCGCAUCGCGCUGCCCAUAUCCACUUCGCACUGCACGCCCCAGGCUACGACGAUCUUACAACAGCUCUGUAUCCUUCUCACUCUCCAUUCCUCGGGACCGAUCCGGUCUUUGCAACGAAGAAGUCGCUCAUCUGCCAGCUCGUCGAGGAACACAAUCCUGCAGAGUGGGCGAAGAUGGGCUUCAAGGACGGUGAGGUGAAGAACGGACGCGUUUGGGUCUGGAAGUAUCAAUUCGUGUUGCCUACGGUGCAGGAAGUGCACCAGAUGAAACAACCUCGGAGGGCUGUGCUGUAG